CCAAUCGUUUAAUCACCCAGAAACACAAAGAAAUAUAGUAUACUCCGUCGAGCUCCGGAAACAAGCACAUCCAACGAACCCAAACCCAAGAUGUUCACCUUCCCAUCACCAGCUGUUCCUCUCACCGUUCUUCUCAUCGCCACGCUCCACGUUGCCGCCAUCCAUGCACAGAUACCCGCCGCUGCAACGACAGGCGCCGCGGUCGCCGCGACAAACCCUCAGUCAGGCAGCGGCAGAGGUGGCGUCGGCGGCGUAGGCGCCGGUGGCCCGGACGACGCGCCUCUAGAGCUCUACAUGCACGACAUUCUCGGCGGCUCGAACCCCACGGCGCGGCCCAUCACCGGCUUGCUCGGCAACAUCUACAACGGCCAGGUCCCCUUCGCGCGGCCCAUCGGCUUCAGCGCGCCCAAGAACGGCGUGCCGAUCCCCAACGCCAACGGCCAGGUCCCCACGUACAACGGCAACACCGGCAUCCCGCUCGACACCGGCCUCUCAGGCGCCGGCUUCCUGCAGCCCGGGAACGGCGGCGCGGCCGCAGCCCCAGCGCAGGUACAGCUUGGCCCCGACGGGCUCAGCCUCGGUUUCGGCACCAUCACCGUCAUCGACGACGUGCUGACGAGCGGGCCCGACCUCGGCGCGCAGCCUCUCGGGCGCGCGCAGGGCGUGUACGUGGCGAGCUCGGCCGACGGGUCGGCGCAGAUGAUGGCGUUCACGGCCAUGAUGGAGGGCGGCGAGUACGGCGACACGCUCAACUUCUUCGGGGUGUACAAGGUGGGCACCCCCUUGUGCCGGCUGUCCAUCACCGGCGGCACCGGCAAGUUCAAGGGCGCCUGCGGGUUCGCCGAGGUGCGCCCGCUCAUCGCCUCCGGCCAGCACGUCACCGACGGCGCAGAGACGCUGCUGCGGAUCACCGUCCAUCUUGCUUAGUUAGCAGGCCGAGUUUGUGGUGGUCUCACGUCCCGAGGUGGUUGUUUUGGACUUGUCAUCAGUAAAUGCAUGUAUUGUUUGUGUCUCGUGUGAAUCAUGGUGCUAUAACUGUGAGUGUGUUUUUGCUUCUGCAGCGACUACGAAUUAUGAAAGCGUAAAUGUUGGGUUAUCCAU